ACUAAGUGACAGCACUUAACGCUUUUCUUUCCGUUCCGUAAACUACAAGCGUCAAGAUGGCCGAUCAAGUCGAUGAAACUCUUAAGAAGAAGCGUACCUUCAAGAAGUUCACCUACCGCGGUGUUGACUUGGAUCAGUUGUUGGAUAUGCCCAACAAUCAGCUGGUGGAGCUGAUGCACAGCCGUGCCCGUAGGCGUUUCUCGCGCGGUCUGAAGCGCAAGCCUAUGGCUCUGAUCAAGAAGCUACGCAAGGCUAAGAAGGAGGCACCACCAAAUGAGAAGCCCGAAAUCGUAAAGACCCACUUGAGGAACAUGAUCAUUGUGCCCGAGAUGACCGGCUCCAUCAUUGGUGUGUAUAAUGGCAAGGACUUCGGCCAGGUUGAAGUUAAGCCUGAAAUGAUCGGCCACUACUUGGGCGAGUUUGCACUGACCUAUAAGCCCGUUAAGCACGGUAGACCCGGUAUCGGUGCCACCCACAGCUCUCGUUUUAUUCCACUUAAGUAAGCAAGAGCGCCAUCAUCAAAAGGAGUUUACAAAGCUACCAACAUUGUGCGCACGGCUUGUUUUUGGAUUUUUACGCAUAAUAAAGGAGACGUAAUUUUUUAAGAACUCAA